GGAAGUCAAAGUUGUUCCCCGUGCUUUCCCCCCCACCGACGCCCAGGCCUCCCGCAUUCCUUCCCUCCCGCCUCGCCGGAUAGUGGCGGGCGGGGGGAGGAGGAAGCCAGGGCGCCUGCGCGGGGCGGCCGCUUUCCAUCCGGGUCCCUGUCCGUGCGGUGCAGCAGGUCGGUAGGCGGGAAAUGGCGACUGGCUGAAGGAGCUGGUUCUGUUGCUGCUGAGGGAUAAGCGGGAAAGACACCACCUAUUGCGCAGUCGGGACCAUCGCCGGAGCCCGAGGACACUUUUCUGUCGUCACAGUGAAGGUUUACAUGUGCCACCCAUAAAAGAUGAAGCUGAGAACACGGAAGGCUUCUCAGCAGUCCAAUCCAAUCCAAACACAGCGCACUGCCAGAGCAAAAAGGAAAUACUCAGAGGUUGAUGAUAGCUUGCCUUCAGGAGGAGAAAAACCAUCAAAGAAUGAAACUGGCUUAUUGUCUUCAAUUAAAAAAUUCAUUAAAGGAAGCACGCCCAAGGAAGAGAGAGAAAAUCCUUCAAAACGGAGUAGAAUUGAACGUGAUGUAGAUAAUAAUUUGAUCACAUCAACACCGAGAACUGGAGAAAAGCCUAACAAACAGUUGUCACGAGUGAGGCGGAAAAGUCCUGUCAAUGGAGAAGCUGGUAGUUAUGAAAUGACAAAUCAACAUAUGAAACAAAAUGGGAAAUUAGAAGAUAAUCCUUGCUCAGGUAGUCCUCCAAGGACUACAUUGUUGGGAACCAUAUUUUCUCCUGUCUUCAACUUUUUUUCACCAGCAAAUAAAAAUGGAACGUCAGGCUCAGAUUCCCCAGGACAGGCCGUGGAAGCUGAGGAGAUAGUGAAACAACUUGACAUGGACCAGGUAGAUGAAAUCACUACCAGCACCACAUCAGCUAAUGGAGCGGCUUACUCAAAUCAAGCAGCUCAAGUGCGGCCGUCGAUAAAUAAUGGUUUAGAAGAAGCAGAAGAAACAGUUACACGGGAUAUCCCACCCCUUACAGCACCAGUAACUCCAGAGAGUGGUUAUUCGUCAGCCCAUGCAGAGGCCACCUAUGAGGAAGACUGGGAAGUAUUUGACCCCUAUUAUUUUAUCAAACAUGUUCCACCUCUGACAGAAGAACAACUAAAUAGAAAACCUGCUCUUCCUUUGAAAACAAGAAGCACACCAGAGUUCUCGCUGGUCUUAGAUCUGGAUGAAACACUGGUGCACUGUAGUCUGAAUGAGCUAGAAGACGCAGCACUUACUUUCCCAGUCCUUUUCCAAGAUGUCAUUUAUCAGGUUUAUGUGAGAUUAAGACCAUUCUUCAGGGAAUUCCUGGAACGAAUGUCUCAGAUGUAUGAGAUCAUUCUUUUUACUGCUUCUAAGAAGGUGUAUGCAGACAAGUUACUGAACAUACUAGACCCUAAAAAGCAACUGGUCAGGCACCGACUUUUCCGUGAACAUUGUGUUUGUGUACAAGGAAACUAUAUAAAGGACUUAAAUAUCCUUGGAAGAGAUCUUUCCAAAACUAUAAUAAUUGACAACUCACCACAAGCCUUUGCCUAUCAGCUUUCUAAUGGAAUUCCUAUAGAAAGCUGGUUUAUGGAUAAAAAUGACAAUGAACUCCUAAAAUUGAUCCCAUUUCUGGAGAAGCUUGUAGAACUGAAUGAAGAUGUCCGGCCUCACAUCAGAGACAGAUUUCGAUUGCAUGAUUUGCUGCCCCCAGAUUAAGUUCAGAGACUAUCAGAUCACUGAAGGGGGGAGAGAAUGCAGGACCCUUUUGGACUAAGAGAAAAACAUUGCCAUUACUGUUGAAAUUUUGCAUUUUUGUACCCCGUCUUGCUUUUCUUAUCUUUGGUGCCCAAUAAUAAUCAAGGGUUACAGAAAGAGACUAUCUCAGAUUGAACACAUACAGCGGGUAGGCUAAAACAGAAGCGUCUGUAGAACUAGGACAACUCCAGUGAAACUUUUUAUGUACAGGACAUCUGCAGUUUAUAAAGAAUUCUGUUUCUGCCACCAGCAGCUUGACCUGUAGUUACACAGGAUUUUAUGAUAAUAACAGAGAUGAAAGUGGACUUUCAUUUUCUCUCUGUUUGGUGCUCUCAGUGGGUUUGUAGCCACUUUUCUGUUACUUUACUAUUCUCAUUUCAACAGGAAUGGCCAGUAAAAGUUGUUUUAUUUUUCCUGUUAAGGUUUAUAACCUUUUUACAUUUCUGACCUGUAUUAGAUUAGAAUCUCAUAAUGCAUUCCUUUUAGUUGAGGCGCUUCAUAGUUUUCUGGAAAUAGUCAAUUUUUAGUUUUUUUAUUAUACAUCUGAAUGGCCGUUUUCCUGCUUUGUCUGCCUGCAUAUUGUAUAUUUGUUUAAAAAUAUUCUCUACUUUUAGUCCAUGUAAGUUUCAUUUUUUUUAAAAAAUGCAUUUAUAUUUUGUUCUGUAAUAUUCUGCUGUAGGUGAAAUCUUUAAAAAUCAAGAGACUGGGUAGUUAAGAAUAUAUGAAUGACUAAUGUUCAAACUAUUUGAACCAUUGUGAUGACAUGUAUUCCAGAUGGUAAUAUCUUGCAAUGGCACACAAUUAAUGGAUAAAGGUAUACCUCAGACCUCACUGUGCUCACUAAUCUUUAAAGAGAACGAGUUCAUUCACUUGUUGGGCUUGAUUCAGUUACUGCUGCCUUUGGUUUUCUCCAGGAAUGAAGUAUUCAGCACAGUGACUCAGUAUUUUCACUUUGCAUGGGCUGGUAGUACCUCUGUUAUGCUCUUGGUUACAAUCAGUUUAAAACUCUGUGUAACAGUCUUGGUACCUAACAGUAGCUAUGCAUAAUCCUGUGGCACAGUACACUCCCGGGCCACCAGUGCAGUUAAUAUGCUCAUAGUGGUUUUCUAUGCUAUAUGAAAAUAGUCGUCACGCCUUGGUUCUCUAAUGCAGCUACACAAGAGGCUGAUAUUUUUAUAGUGGCGUGUAAUCUCCUUUUCAGGAGGCUUUUUAUGGAAGGUAGAAUUUGUAAGAGUUAGUAUGCUUUGCCUCUCAACUGCAUUAACAUGCCGCAGGCUCAGACUGUUUUUGUGUAAAGGAUGUCAAAGAACGGCACUUUUUCUAAAGAGAAGUUUGAUAUUUUGUAUGCUUGUUAAGAAAGUACAGUAUUGGAAAUUAAAGGUGGACAACUGAUAAUUGAGGAGUAUGUCAGUUAAUUUUUUAAUGUAUAUUACCUGUUUACUUGUACAAUUUAUUGUACAAAUUACAUGCAGCUUCAUUUUCAAAUGAAUCCUUAAAAUAAGGAAAUCUUUUUAGGAAAACAUUUAAUUUUUGUAUUUUUGAUUUUAAAGGCAUGAGUUGUCAGUUUUCAGUGUAUUAAUGAAGAUUUUAACUUUUCAUCAGGUUGAGUGUUUUCUUACUAUAUUAUCUGUUGUGUAUGUAGUUAGCAUAUUGUGUCACUGAACUGUUUAAAAAUCUAGCAUGUAGAGCAAAGCCUGUUUUGUGGAAAAUCCUUAUUCAUUAAAAAAUAA